AUGCGAAGAGUGUCGACGUUUCAACGGAUUCGCGAGGGGGUUGCUCAGGACGACAACGGAUCCCUGCGCCAUGAUUCGGCACUGCUGCGGCCUACACGGCCGGCUGCGGUCAGACGGGGCACGUCGCAAAACUCGCUCGCUCAAUUUCGAGCCGCCGCGCCUGGUCUGACGCCCCGGGUCGAGAAGGGAGAGCCGAGCUUUCCCCUCGAGCCCCCGUCGUCGACCGACAGUCACAGCGAGAAGGACGUCGACGGCAUCGACUACCCCGAGGGCGGGUUGGAGGCGUGGCUCGUGGUGCUCGGUUCCUGGUGCGCCAUGACGGCUGGCCUCGGCAUCGUCAACUCUACCGGCAUAAUCGAGGCCUACGUGUCGAACACGGUUCUGUCCUCGAGCUCCAGCAACGCCGUUGGGUGGCUCAUCGGCAUAUACGUUUUCGUGUCUUACUUUGGCAGCAUCCAGGUCGGCCCACUGUUCGAUGCCGUUGGGCCGAGGGGCUUGAUGAUCACGGGGACCAUCUGUUUGAUUAUCGGCACCUUUACGGCCGCCGAGUGCAAGAGCAAGUCUGCCCAUUAUUACCAGCUGCUCUUGGCGCUGUCCAUCCUCAGCGGGAUUGGGAACUCGUUCCUUUUCACUCCAGCCAUGGGAGCCAUAUCUCAUUGGUUCAACAAGCGCCGCGGAACUGCGAGCGGAGUCGCCUUCAUAGGCAGCGGGUUCGGAGGUGUCCUCUUCCCCAUGAUCUUUCAGGCACUCAUACCCAAGGUCGGCUGGCCCUGGACGAUGCGAGUCAUCGGUUUUGUUCUGCUGGUCCUCUGCCUGCUGAGCAUCGUUUUCUGUCGUGGACGCCUGCCCACCAAGAAGCUCGGAACCCCCGAGAACCCGUACAAGGAUCUGCUCCCCAGCCUCAGCAUCUUCAAAGACGGCACGGGGGCCAUGCUGGUCACGACGCUCGGCGUGUUCUUCGUCGAGUGGGCCUACUUUGUCCCAAUCACAUAUGUGCCCAGCUACUACCUCGUCCGCCAGGGCCUGCACGGCGCCGAGAACGCUGUGAACGGCGAGGCCCGGUUUGCGUACCAGCUGCUCGCUAUCCUCAACGGGGCGUCGUGCUUUGGUCGAUACCUGCCCGGCUAUCUGGCAGACAAGAUCGGCAGGUUCAACACCAUGGUCCUCGGAUCACUGCUGGCGUUGAUCUCCGUGGCCGGCCUGUGGCUGCCGGACUGCCUCUCUGAUCGACCGCCCAGCCUCGCCCUGCUCAUCUCGUUUGUUGUGAUAUUCGGCUUUGCGAGCGGCGCCAACAUCACCCUGACCCCUAUCUGUAUUGGCCAGCUGUGCAGGACCGAGGACUACGGCCGGUACUAUGCGACCGCCUUCACCGUGUGCAGCUUUGGCUGCUUGACGAGCAUACCGAUCGCCGCCAACCUGUCUACCGUGACUGGAGAUUCUGGGAGGAGAAGCUUCUGGGCCCUCAUCCUCUUCACCUGCGUCAGCUACGUCGCUGCGUUUGCCUGUUUUCUGUGGGUGAGAGUGACGCGGAAAGGCAUGAACUGGAGGACGGUUUGGUGA